AUGCAACUGGGUCCUUUCCUCCUACUGAUUGCUGCUGCUGCUGCUGCAAACGGCCUCCUUAUUACGGAUGACCCUAGUAUUGUCGUCGACAAAUCAUUCGAUUACAUAGUCGUGGGGGGAGGAACAGCCGGUCUCACUGUCGCGAGCCGGCUUGCUGAAGAUUCUGGGGUCACCAUUCUCGUUGUUGAAGCCGGAACUGACGAACAAAACAACACCGCAGUCAAUGAACCAUCCCAAUGGACUAGCUUAUUAGGCUCUCCGCUCUCGUGGAACUAUAUGACGACACCCCAACUUGGAGGGAAAACCGUUUCUUUUGACGCAGGUCUUGUCUUGGGUGGAUCAUCGUCUAUAAACGGUAUGCAAUAUGCACGGGGCACAAGAGACCAGUACGACGCCAUAGGAAAGCUGGGUAACUCGGGAUGGGAUUGGAACUCAAUGCUUCCCUAUAUGAAGAAGGCGGAGAACUUCCACGCACCGAGCGCUGAACAGGUCAAGCAAGGCGCAACGUAUCAACCAACCGUUCACGGUACCGAGGGGCCUCUCUCUGUUGCUUUUCCAACACCGUAUUUUGGUGCUUCGGCCUUCCAAACCUUCUUACAGACUGCUCGUGACGUCAUCCCUGGUCUUCAUCCCAACCUUGAUCUGUCUUCUGGGCAUCCUAAUGGCGGCAACUCAUUAUAUUUCACAAUUUUUCCUGGCAACGCUUCCAUACCUGGCGGAAAUCGCAGAUGUAGUAGUGCUCAGGCUUACAUCUACCCAGCUAGAUCAGAAAAACGGGGACUCACUAUUUUAACCGGCCACCAGGUCACUCGUAUCUCAUGGAAGACGGCCGGUCGCUUUCAAACAGCUAGUCAAAUAGAAUUUACGCCAACGCCCUCGAUCAAUGGUACCACGAGCAGGUUAUAUGCCGCCACAGUCAAGAAGGAACUAAUUGUGGCUGCGGGUGUCUUUGGCACUCCUCACCUUCUGGAGCUUAGUGGUGUUGGCAAUAAAACCAUCUUAGAAGGUGUCGGCGUCACUCCUGUUAUCGAUCUCCCCUCCGUUGGCACGAAUUUGCAAGACCCAACUGUACUUGUUAUGGCAUUGUCUCCCAAUGCCUCGGUUUCCGACUCAUUGAAGACCAUCAACGAGCCAGGAACUGGGUCCAAUAACAUGCUAGACAUAAGCCAAGUGCUCGGUGUUGACGGGGCGAAAGCAGCAGUCAAGGAGCUUCGCGAUACUGUAACAGCUCGAGCUCAGGCCCAGGUCGGCGCAGGGGCGUUUACCAGUGUCAAAGGGCUGAAAGCGAUUUUGAGCUAUCAAGCUGAUUCGAUCAGUAGUCAAAAGGCACCGGUCGUCGAGCAGACAUAUGCUGCCGCCCCUGACGGUAGCUUCAUCGCUAUCGUCCACUUCACCCUCAUUCCUCAGAGUCGGGGCACAGUUCAUAUCUCAUCUGGAAACCCAGCGGUUCGGUCUAAGAUUGAUCCCAAUUUCCUGGCGAACAAUCUCGACCUGUAUUUGCUAGCAAAUGCAACAAAACUGUCGCGCAAAAUAACCCAGACACCUCCCUUCGCCUCUCUUGUAGGGAGUGAGACUUCGCCAGGGCUGGCGUCUGUCCCCAUAAACGCUACCGAUUCAGAUUGGCAAGCUUUCGUCAUUCAGCAAUACUCAUCCGUUUUGAAUCCUAUCGGUACGGUCUCGAUGUUGCCUCGUGACAUGGGUGGCGCGGUAGACAGUCAGCUCUUUGUCUACGGAACUAGCAAUGUUCGUGUGGUUGAUGCAUCUAUCAUUCCCAUUCCGCUUUCUACUGGCCAUGAGACUGCCACGGUAUAUGGGAUUGCAGAGAAGGCAGCUGAUAUGAUCAAAGCAGCACGAAAGUAG